CUCGGAGCAUCAGCCAGUUUUCCUGCCUCCCUCCCAACCCGGCUGUCCCUCCUUCCCUGCCCAAGCCCUCACCUCGCUCCACAGCCCAGGACAGGGACCAUUCCUGGGAGGACAGUGGAGGAGCUGCAGGAUGGAAGAGAAAAGCAAAAUGCAGACAGAGAAGCACCUCACGGGAACGCUGGUCCUCUCUGUCUUCACUGCAGUGUUGGGCUUCUUCCAGUUCGGCUACAGCCUGGGUGUCAUUAAUGCCCCCCAGAAGGUGAUAGAGGCACACUACAGGCACGUGCUGGGCAUCAUCCCCCUAGAUGGACACGCCACCAACACCUCCGGGGAGGAUGGCACAGACCCCCAGGCUGGCACCAAGGGCACGCUCGCACCCCUGGCUGACACCAGCGAGGACCUGGCCACCUCCCCACACAUCCUCACCAUGUACUGGUCCCUCUCUGUCUCCGUGUUUGCCGUCGGUGGCAUGGUCUCCUCCUUCACCGUGGGCUGGAUCGGCGACCGGCUCGGCAGGGUGAAAGCCAUGCUGGUGGUGAACGUCCUCUCCAUUGCUGGGAACCUCCUCAUGGGGCUGGCGAAAUUUGGGCCGUCUCACAUCCUCGUCAUCGCCGGGAGAGCAGUCACGGGGCUGUACUGCGGGCUCUCCUCUGGACUUGUGCCCAUGUACGUCAGCGAGGUCUCUCCCACGGCCCUUCGGGGAGCGCUGGGGACGCUGCACCAGCUUGCCAUUGUCACAGGGAUCCUCAUCAGCCAGGUUCUUGGACUAGACUUUCUCCUGGGCAACGAUGAGAUGUGGCCCCUGCUCCUCGGUCUGUCUGGCCUGGCUGCCCUGCUGCAGUUCUUCCUGCUCCUGCUGUGCCCCGAGAGCCCCCGAUAUCUUUACAUCAAACUGGGGAAGGUGGAGGAAGCUAAAAGAAAUUUGAAAAGGCUUAGAGGAAACUGUGACCCAAUGAAAGAGAUUGCAGAGAUGGAAAAAGAAAAGCAAGAAGCUGCUAGUGAAAAGAAAGUCUCCAUAAGACAGCUUUUCACCUCUUCCAAGUACAGGCAGGCUGUCAUCGUGGCACUGAUGGUGCAAAUAUCCCAGCAGUUCUCGGGAAUCAAUGCGAUCUUUUACUAUUCCACAAACAUUUUCGAGAGAGCUGGAGUUGACCAACCAGUUUACGCAACCAUCGGUGUUGGAGUGGUGAACACAGUUUUCACUGUUAUCUCUGUCUUUCUGGUGGAGAAGGCGGGCAGGCGGUCCCUGUUCCUGGCUGGAUUGAUGGGCAUGUUAAUAAGCGCCGUGGCCAUGACAGUUGGACUUGUGCUCCUGAGCGAGUUUGCCUGGAUGAGCUAUGUCAGCAUGGUUGCGAUCUUCCUCUUCGUCAUCUUCUUUGAAGUCGGGCCUGGGCCCAUCCCCUGGUUUAUUGUGGCCGAGCUGUUCAGCCAAGGCCCACGUCCUGCCGCCAUCGCUGUCGCCGGCUUCUGCAACUGGGCCUGCAACUUCAUCGUGGGAAUGUGCUUCCAGUACAUAGCGGAUCUGUGUGGACCGUACGUGUUUGCGAUCUUCACGGCCCUGCUCCUACUCUUCUUUCUGUUUGCCCACUUCAAAGUCCCGGAGACGAAGGGGAAGUCCUUUGAGGAGAUCGCAGCUGUGUUCCGCCGCAAGAAGCUCUCGGCCAAAGCCAUGACUGAGCUGCAGGACCUGCGAGCCAGUGAGGAGGCAUAGCCAUCCCACCCACCCAGAAAGGAGGGACUGGGCAUGGACCUCCUUCAGGCACCGUGGGCAAAAGUCUCAUUUCACAAAAACCUCACAGCUGGCAGACCAGGAGGACCCAUCCACUGCAUUCCUUCCGGCUGCCGCGGUUCACACCUCCCAGGUGCUAACCUGGCAUUUUGGUCUGAGACACUUGGUACAACUGUACUGCAGGAAGAGCCAGGGAAAGGACAGGAGGAGUAUGUUACCUGUGUGUCUCCAUGUCCCUCUGUAAGACCCCAGCAGGACAGUGAUGUUAUCACAUGGCCAAGCAGGGCCAUGGCGCAGCUGGAAUGAGGGAAAGAGGGGUUGGCUGAUGCUGCAGCCUCAUGUUUUCACCUUUUUGUCCCAUGCUUGCUCCUUCCUUCUCAUGAGUGACUUGGUGCUUUGAGAAGCCAACUGCUACUGCAGUUGUGCCCCCAGCACACAGCACUGAUCGCAUGGGGUGCCAAGGAAAACAGGUCAGGCAAACUCCCCCUUACUUGUGCCUAUGCAGAGGAAAAAGGUGGAUCCCACCUGAACCUCACUUGCUUUGCUGUCUGUGCAUUAUGGAAAUGCUGUCCGAUCUCAUAAGGAUUUCCAAUCACAACAUUUUUUAGGAGAAUCUUAGAAACUGUGGCUGGGCUGAUGGGCAUUUUUUUCCUUAUGUUUCAGCCAAACUAUUUAGCACCCUCUUUCCUCCUAGGAAGCCUCUCCUCCCUCCCUUCUCCCUGCUGCAGCACAAGGCAAGCACAAUACUGACCACACAAGGGGCCUGGGUGCUCCUGACCCCAGGGUGAGGAGACCCAAGUCCUGCUGCCAUCCCUCCCAUGGUGUGACUACUGCCAGGUCACCUCCUUCCCCAUCCUCUGUGCCUGCCUUCCCUUCCUUUUGUACAGUGCUCAGACCCACAGGCUCCAGCCUGCGUCAAGGGCUUGGGCUGCCCAUACUGUAACAAUUAAUGAUGACCCAAAGAGGGAAUGGGUGCUGGAGGGUUAACUGGAAGGUGCCCACUGAUCAGACCCCCACUUUGCACCACUUAGGAUUUUGCUGGCUGGAUGUGCUGCAGCCAAGAAGUGCAAGCAGGAGGUCAUGCUGUUUCCAUAGCCUUGUUUGUGCUCCUUUUGCUUCUUUGUGAGACAUUUUUAUGUGACAGAAUCAAACUCCAUGGAUUUUUCUUCCUUUUUUGGGGGGAUAUCUUGGAACCACUGUAAAAGCCUGCUCUCUGUUUGCUUGACUUUUAAGAUUUGCAUGUUCUUUGUUGUGAUACCAGGUUACUUUCUAGCAACUUUCUCAGGAUAGAAACCCAUUAUUUAUUUAGAGAUGAAACACCAGCAUUGCUGGGUUGCUGUGAGCUCACCACGCUGAUGGUGAAGCAGUGGCCAAAAUGUAACAGAGGAUCAAGCAUAACGAAAAGCACAGAACAGAUGGGCCAAGGAGGAUCAUGCUGCUGCUGUGGGUUUGGUUUUAGGGAAUGUUCAUGCUCCUUUCCAUGUGCCUGAACGUUUUUCCUUUGUGGACUUUACUUUCUUGGUACUACAACUCUAAAGCAAAUUCUGGUCCCUUCCAAGUGACUGGAAGUGCAGCCAUGAGGUCCUUUGGGAGAAGUGCCUGGCCCCAGUGUGUGCACUGAAGCAGUAAGAUUGCACCAAAGGCUUUCCCGGAGUGACUGCUGGGAUUUAACUAGAGGAGAACUGGGUCAGUGCUGUCAUGUGCUACAGCAGUGAGGAUUCCAGGUCUGACAUGGGGCAUGCAGGGAUCUGGGAACCAGGGCCCAGGCUAGGGUGGAGAAGAGAGCAGCAGAGCUGGGGCACAGAUCUGAGUGGAACCCUCUGUCUGUGUGCUGCAAACAGGUCCUCCCAGGUGAGACCAGCUGCCACAGCAGGCUCAGAAACUCUCCACAGUGUUUACUACAGGUAGUUAAAUAUUAUAACUGAUUGUCUGAAUGUAAAAGAAGGGGGGGAAAAAGAGAUGGGUUCUUGCUUUCAGUAAUGUUAUCUAUGUCUGUUAGAUAAAAGUGACAGUGAACACCAUCUAUGGUGUGUGUUGGCCUGUGCUGUUGUUUUUUUCCCUCUGUACAUCUCAGACAUGUGUUCAGUGCCAGACAGGACCUAUUACACAUCUGCUCCAUGGGUGGUAAAUGCUGUGCAAGCCCUCAGCCAAACCCCCUUAAACGGAUGGUACAGAGGUGAGACUGGGGUUGGAGGCAGACCUGGAGCCGGUGUGAGCUGGCUCUGUGUUGGGAUCAACCCUCACUGGAGGUGUGCUGGUGUCUGGCCCCAGCUGUCCCCACUCCCACUUCAUCCUGCCGUGAAGCACCUCUGCUUCAUGGUGCUGGUGCAGCUUAAAACUUGGUGCUGGGGCCUCUCUAGGCACGACUGUCAGGAGGAGCAUUUGGGGAGAGGGCUCUGAGGGAGGACCCAGCCAGGCUGGGUUCCCAGUCAUCAUACAGGUGGUCCAAAACUAUUUUGCUAAAUUUCUGCUAAUCUUUGUCCUAAUGCCUGCAGGGCACCAGUGACUGCCAGCAACUCAGCAGUGAAGGGCCAUUUAUUGAGCAACACUGAGCAGCCAGUCCUUGUUUUCUCAUGUCACUGGCGAAUGAGAAUAGAAAGCCUGAUUCAAUUACUGUACUGCAGCACAUAAAUUAGUUUAACAAAGCCCUGCAACAUUAACAUUACCCAUAGCUAUAUCCCUGAACUUCCCGGAAGAUCUGCCUGAGGGUUCAGAAACGCUUAAGGAAAAUAGAGUUUCAGGUUGUGCUUCCUCGCAGCAGCUGCUGUGUGGAAGGGAAGGGAGUCUUCUCUUUCCAGCCUAGGACAGGAUGAGCAAAUCUUGGCACUGCUGACCCUCUGUCCUCCCUAUGGCUGCGGUGGAAGGAUCAAGCUGGGCUGAACUAUCACAAGAGCACUUUUACCGUAUGGCAACGCAGGGAGGGGUCAUUUGAGUCGAUAUGUUUACUUAUGUCUUGUCCCAUCAGGCCAGUAAUUAGAACUGUACACUUUAUCUGUCCUUGCUACAUGCAAGUUCCAGUUAAAACUUGUUCUUGAGAUACAGCUUGUUGAACUAUUAUUUUUACCUCUCACUGUUACAGUUUUACUAAGUCGCUAAUCAUUAAGAAAAUUGAGAAGACUUAUUAGCUAAAUGGUUGUUGCAUUUUAGUUAACGUGCAAAAUAUGUUCUCAUACCAUGCCUCGCUAAUAAUGCAAUAUAAUUAAUAAUCCCUGAGAAAGCAUCUUGUCAGCAAGAGCUUUGACAGUGUUUUCCUAAUGUGCUGAGAUGACAGCCAUUAAGACUUUCCUGUUGUGCCAACGAUAUCUGGUCUCCCACUCUCUAGGCUUAAUUUUAAAAUUAGUUUGACUUCCCUAAUUCAAUAAACUCAGGACAUUUGGCCCCAUUAACAUUCUCCACACUAAUUUAUCACAGAUUUUUCUGCCUCACUUCAACUUGUUUUUCAUCCCUGAAAAACACUACCCUCCACCUCCAGAGUCAAACAGCUGAUAACGACAAAGUUAACCCAAGUACUAUGUACGCAGGUACCAAGCCUUUGAGGUAGGAUGAAUUUUCCGAGGUGUUCAAUGUCCUUAUCUUUCACUGAAAUCUAUGGGAGCUGAGGAAUUUCAUGGCAGAACACCAGCAGAAUGUGUAAGCAUGAGAUUUAAUUUAAGGUAGCUGAGUGUGCUCAAGUGUUUCACUAAAUUCUCAAGCAAUACUGACAAAUUUUACCCAGAGGCACAGCCUAAGUAGCUGUGCUGAAAAGGAAGGAUCUCCUCCCCAGCAAAGGGGCAAUAAAUCCUGGCUGUGGAUCAUCAGUCCUUAAA